CUGUGCAUCUCUCACCACUUUGGCGGCCUCUUCCAGACAUUCAAAUGAAACCCCGAAGUUCUUGACGGGACGAGAGAGAGAGAGAGAGAGAGAGAACAAAUAGGGUUACUGAAUAGCCUGAAACUCGACGCCAAUCAUGGCGUCUGGUUCCCCUCGGACGCGUAUCGAUCAGUUUUUUGCUUCAAAGAAGAAGAAGAAAUCUCUUUCAUCAUCUUUAAAGCCUGGGAGAGGUGACAAAGAUCCAAAAGCUACACUCGAAGCAUCUCCUAGUGCCAAGGGGUCUCUAGACAGCUAUGUGGUGACUUCCCAAGAUGAUAAUUGUUCCGAUAUACCGUUGUGCAGAGCUCAUGUUUCUUCAGAUAGGGAAGGUCUUGUCAAGAGAAGCCUGACACUAGAGAUUAGCUCGUUGACCAGCUAUGGAAAUGGAAACGUCUCGUUGUCAGCCCCUUACCAACCUCAAAAUUCUGAGGCCUAUGGAAAGGAUCAAAAGGAAGGAUCCCAUGUGACGUCAUGCGUUGGUGAUAUUUCUGAUAGAGCUCUUGUCAAUUCAGAGUCUGCAGUUGGUGCUGGAAACUCUGAACUUAAGCAGUUUGCAACCGACUUUUUGUCAUUGUAUUGUAGUGAACGUCCACCAAGUCUAAGUACACCCUUAGAGCCGAAAGUGAGUGCUCAUAAAAGACAGGGUAGUCCAUCUUUGCUAGUGGUAGAGGAUAAAUCAUCUAAGAAAAGGCAUUGCAUUGUUGACGGGAACGAGUCCCAGGCCAAGAUUGAAGCCACUUGCUAUGAUGAGAAGGAUGAGGAAUUGGUAGAGUAUGGUGUCAUCCCUGAAUGUGGAGAAGCAUUUAUCAAGGGUUCCAGAGGGAUGAAUGUAGAUACUCAUAUGGUGGAAAUUCAUUCGAGCUUGAGAAAAUGCAACACAACAUUGGCAGCUUCGUUAUACAAUACUGAAUGUGAUACACCUGGUCUGACUACCCGAGCCUGUGGAACUCCCAAAUCAACCCGUGGAAGCUCCAUAUUUUCUCCUGGAGAAGCAUUUUGGAAUGAAGCAAUUGAAGUUGCUGAUGGUUUUCUUGUGACGAAUGAUGGCAUUUUAGUCCCAGUCGCUGGAGAACUUAGUAUUGCAAAGAAACGGAGUGAUAUAAAGGAUACAAAAAUUUUGGGAAGUGUGGGGGGUGAUGAUGCGUCAAACAAAAUAUUGGAUGAGGGUGCAAGUAGAGUCCUCGGUGUUGAAAUGAAUGCUUCUAUGAGGUCAGCCGGUAAGCACGGGAAUAGUUUGGAUGAAGAAGCAUCACCGUUGCCUGUGAAGCACUUCUCCUUCGAGGACAAAAAUAUGGAUGAGGAAACCCUGUAUUCUUCUUCAGCUGACAACAAUAAUGCGCUGAUGCACAAACAAGGUAAACAACAGGUACAAGAGUUGCCCCUUGUGAGCGAUGCAGCCAAGCAAAAAGUGGGUACUUUGAGGCGAGAUCAUGAAAGCAUCACAUCUAGUACACCGUAUAUUGGCAAAAGAAAUUUGUUGCCAAAUAGUCAAAACAAUGAAGACAGUACUCCAUCAAGUUCUGUGCUGCUAAAGAACCAUUUAGAUCUAAGGCACUGGCUUCCUUCUGAAAUAUGCAGCACAUAUGUGAAGAAAGGAAUCUCACAGUUGUAUUCGUGGCAGGUUGACUGCCUUCAGGUGGAUGGCGUUUUAGAAAGAAGAAAUCUUGUCUAUUGUGCUUCUACUAGUGCUGGUAAAAGUUUCGUUGCUGAAAUUUUAAUGUUACGGCGAGUCUUAUCAACUGGAAAAAUGGCACUUCUUGUACUUCCAUAUGUAUCAAUUUGUGCAGAAAAGGCAGAGCAUCUAGAGGCCCUUUUAGAACCACUUGGCAAGCAUGUACGCAGUUAUUAUGGGAACCAAGGUGGUGGGACUCUUCCAAAAGAUACCUCUGUAUCUGUCUGCACAAUUGAGAAGGCUAACUCUUUAAUAAAUAGAUUGCUAGAAGAGGGUCGUCUUUCAGAAGUUGGGAUUAUUGUGAUAGAUGAACUGCACAUGGUUGGUGAUCAAAGUAGGGGUUAUCUAUUGGAGCUUAUGUUGACAAAGCUUCGUUAUGCUGCUGGUGAAGGCAAUGGAGAAUCUUCUAGUGGAGAAAGUUCGGGUAUGAGCAGUGGGAAGAAUGACCCUGCUCAUGGUCUUCAAAUUAUUGGUAUGAGUGCAACCUUGCCUAACGUGUCUGCUGUUGCUGAUUGGCUUCAAGCAUCUUUGUACCAGACUGAUUUCCGACCAGUUCCGUUAGAGGAAUACAUUAAAGUUGGAAACACCAUUUAUGACAAAAAAAUGGACGUUGUUAGGACAAUCUCUAAAACAUCUGACCUAAGCGGUAAAGAUCCAGAUCAUAUUGUUGAAUUGUGCAAUGAGGUUGUUCAAGAGGGUAAUUCGGUGCUGAUAUUUUGCUCUAGUCGAAAAGGAUGUGAAUCUACUGCUAGGCAUGUUGCUAAAUUCCUCAGGAAAUUUCCUGCCAGUGCCCAUGACGAUAAAAAUGAAUCCAUUGACGUCACUUCAGCUAUUGAUUCCUUGGGAAGAAGUCCUGCAGGAUUAGAUCCCAUUUUGGAGGAAACUCUUCCUUUCGGCGUGGCAUACCAUCAUGCUGGUCUGACUGUUGAAGAAAGAGAGACUGUUGAGACCUGCUAUCGCAGAGGACUUGUACGCGUCUUAACUGCUACAUCUACCUUAGCUGCUGGGGUUAACCUACCUGCCAGGAGGGUCAUUUUUCGGCAACCCCGGAUUGGUCGUGAGUUUAUUGAUGGAACAAGGUACAGACAGAUGGCUGGUCGGGCUGGUCGGACUGGAAUAGAUACGAAGGGCGAGAGUGUUUUAAUUUGCAAACCAGAAGAAGUUAAAAGAAUUAUAAAAAUUGUUAACGACAGCUGUCCUCCGCUGCAUUCUUGUCUCUCUGAUGAUAAGAAUGGGAUGACCCAUGCAAUUUUAGAAGUUGUUGCUGGUGGAAUUGUUCAAACUGCUAGUGAUAUUCAUCGAUAUGUUCGAUGUACCCUUCUCAAUUCCACAAAGCCAUUCGAAGAUGUUGUAAAAUCAGCUCAGGAUUCUCUCAAGUGGCUAUGCCACAGGAAAUUUCUCGAAUGGAAUGAAGACACUAAGUUGUACAGCACAACACCUCUUGGACGUGCAUCUUUUGGAAGUUCUCUGUGCCCUGAAGAAUCACUUAUCGUGCUAGAUGAUCUUUCAAGGGCCAGAGAAGGAUUUGUGCUUGCAUCUGAUUUGCAUUUAGUAUACUUGGUAACACCCACCAAUGUUGAAGUUGAACCAGAUUGGGAAUUAUAUUAUGAAAGAUUCAUGGAAUUGUCAGCUCUUGACCAGUCGGUUGGCAAUCGAGUUGGAGUGGUAGAACCCUUUUUGAUGCGUAUGGCCCACCAUGGGCCUAUGCGCACUGCAAACAGAUCAAGGGAUAACACUAAAGGGCUGAUGGGCAGAGUUGGGAUGACAAACCAUAAUAUGCUUUCAGAUGAGCAAACACUUAGAAUGUGUAAACGCUUCUAUGUUGCUCUCAUCUUGUCAAGACUUGUGCAGGAAAUACCUGUGGCUGAGGUUUGUGAAGCCUUUAAAGUGGCUCGGGGCAUGGUUCAGGCCUUACAAGAAAAUGCUGGAAGGUUUGCAUCUAUGGUCUCUGUAUUCUGUGAGAGGCUUGGUUGGCAUGACCUGGAAGGCUUGGUUUCGAAGUUCCAAAAUCGUGUUUCGUUUGGGGUCCGAGCAGAGAUUGUAGAGCUUACUAGUAUUCCAUUUGUUAAGGGUUCUCGAGCUAGAGCACUUUAUAAGGCUGGCCUCCGUACGCCUCAAGCAAUAGCUGAAGCAUCAGUUUCUGAACUUGUGAAGGCUCUUUUUGAAUAUUCAUCAUGGACUGCACAAGAAAAUUCAGCACAACGGCGGAUACAGUUGAGUGUAGCAAAGAAGAUAAAGAAUGGGGCACGCAAAAUUGUUCUUGAUAAAGCUGAAGAGGCUAGGGUUGCUGCCUUCUCAGCUUUUAAAUCUCUUGGGCUGGAUGUUCCCGAAUUUUCUCGACCUCUAUCAUUAAAGGUUGCUGGUGAUGCCAUCCGAAAAGAAGCAACUACCUCUUCUGGGGAAGACUCUACAGGUAGCUUUGUUGUUGGUGUUGGUGUCCAGCAUACAAAGCAUUCAUCUAAGUUGAUAAGAGAUGGAUCUGAAAAUCUUGAUAAACUAAAGCUAGAAGUUGGACAAGAGAAGUCAACAAAAGCUUUUGAUGUUCCCUUGGGGAUUUCAGAUGAAGCGAAAUCAGCUGCUAUCAUGCAAACUAACUUCGGUGCCGAAAAUCCUGCAGCUGUUGAAGGGCCUGUUAUUCUAGAUGAGAAAAAUACUACUGUCAACCAUAUUGGUAAUGUAGUCACCUCCUCCUCUGGUCCUUUACUUAUAACUGGUAAUGAAAACAGGACAUUUGACGAAUAUCAUGAACGUGUUGGGCAGGAGCGGCAUGACAGAGAAAAUGCAUGUUUUGUUAGUAAGGAAAAUGCUUCUUCUGACAAAGGUCCUGUAAGUGCUGUCAAUAUUUCUGGUGGAUUUGAUUCCUUUCUUGAUCUUUGGGAUACAGCCCAAGAAUUCUAUUUUGAUAUUCACUUUAGCAAAAGACCGAAGGGGAAUUCCAGUGUCCCUUUUGAAAUACACGGCAUAGCAAUCUGUUGGGAAAAUUCUCCAGUGUACUAUGUCAAUCUUCCCAAGGAUCUAUUUUGGUUUAAGAGAAGGAAUGAUACCUUGUCCAUGACUAUUUCUGGUGAUGGUGAUGGUGGUGAUGUUUUGGCACCAAAGCAUCGGUUUGAACUAGCAAUGCAAAGAUGGAAUAGGAUUGUUAUGAUCAUGGGGAGAAAAGAUGUGAAGAAGUAUACUUGGAACUUAAAAGUUCAGAUUCAGGUGUUUAAAGUUCCUGCUGUUUCCAUUCAGAGAUUAGGUAGCCUGAAUCUUGCUGUGAAAACUUUGGGUCUUGAACUUGUUGACAGCUCAUACUAUGUGUUGUCCCCGGUAUUCGUACGGGAUGGACUCGACAUGUGCAUUGUAGCAUGGAUCUUGUGGCCUGACGAGGAGAGAAGCUCCAACCCCAAUCUGGAAAAGGAAGUUAAGAAAAGGUUAUCCAGUGAGGCUGCAGCGGCUGCUAGUCGGAGUGGUAGAUGGAAAAAUCAGAUGCGCAUAGCUGCUCAUAAUGGUUGCUGCCGCAGAGUUGCGCAAACCCGAGCCUUAUAUUCUGUUCUCUGGAAAUUGCUAAUUUCUGAAGGACUAGUUGAAGCCCUUCUUAGCAUUGAGAUCCCACUGGUGAACAUUCUUGCGGACAUGGAGGUGUGGGGAAUAGGUGUUGACAUGGAGGGAUGCCUUCAGGCCCGUCAAAUGUUAGGGAGAAAACUAAGGUAUCUUGAGAAGGAAGCUUACAGACUGGCUGGUAUGACGUUUUCUUUGUAUUCGGCGCCAGAUAUUGCAAAUGUCCUUUAUGGGCACCUGAAGCUGCCCAUACCUGAAGGUUCCAAUAAAGCAAAACAACACCCAAGCACCGACAAGCACUGUUUGAACUUGUUGAGGCAUGAGCAUCCCAUUAUUCCGGUCAUAAAAGAGCACCGAUCUUUGGCAAAGCUAUUAAACUGUACCUUGGGAUCAAUUUGUUCGCUUGCUAGGCUUUCAAUUAGGACACAGAAGUACAUGCUUCAUGGCCAUUGGCUCCAAACAUCAACAGCAACUGGACGACUUUCAAUGGAGGAACCUAAUCUUCAGAGUGUCGAGCACAUGGUUGAAUUCGAAAAUUACAAAGAUGGAGAUGAUUCAAAUGUAGAUCGUUAUUGUAUAAAUGCUCGUGACUUUUUUGUCCCUACUGAGGAUAAUUGGUUGCUAUUAGCUGCAGAUUAUUCUCAAAUAGAACUGAGACUAAUGGCUCACUUUUCCAAAGACACUUCGCUAAUCGAACUCCUCAGUAAAAGCCAUGGUGAUAUCUUCACCAUGAUAGCAGCAAAAUGGACUGAGAAAGAGGAAUCUACUGUUACCUCCCAAGAACGAGAUCAAACCAAAAGAUUAGUUUAUGGCAUCCUGUAUGGAAUGGGUCCUAAUACCCUUUCCGAACAACUGAACUGCAGUUUAGAUGAUGCUGCUGAGAAAAUUCAGAAUUUUAAAAGGUGUUUUCCUGGUGUUGCUUCCUGGCUUCAGGAAGCUGUCGCAUAUUGUCGUCAAAAAGGAUAUGUGAAGACCCUUAAAGGAAGAAAGCGUUUCCUAGCAAAAAUUAAGCUUGGAAACAGUAAAGAAAGGUCUAAAGCUCAGAGACAAGCUGUCAAUUCUAUUUGUCAGGGAUCUGCUGCUGACAUCAUCAAAAUCGCAAUGAUCAAUAUACAUUCUCAGAUUGUUGGAGAAGUCAACGAUUCUGAUCCGGCAACAGUUGCAGCAAAAUUUCACAUGCUUAGGGGCCGCUGCAGAAUCCUUUUGCAGGUACAUGAUGAAUUAGUACUGGAAGCAGAUCCUUCCGUCAUAAUGGAAGCUGGGUGGUUGCUUCAAAUGAGCAUGGAGAGAGCUGCGUCGCUCCUCGUUCCUUUGCGGGUCAAAAUGAAGGUUGGGAGAGCAUGGGGAUCUUUGGAGCCUUUCCUGGCUGAACAAAAUGAACAAGGAGUUUUGGUUCCAAGUUCUUAGGGCAUGUGAGCUUUUCAGAUAAAUAUAUUGGUUGAUAUGGUAUGAUGGAAACAGAAUUUUAGGCCAAGGCCUGUAGUGGCAAUUGCUACUCUGGCAUUCUGGAGUGCAUCUUUAUCAUUGGUUUAUGGUGAAAGCAGCCCUAUAUUCUGCUCAAAGAAAUUUGUUGGCCAGGUUAAGGGACUUGGAAAGCAGCAUUGACUGAUGGACUGCAAUUCACCAGUACUUGGUUUUCCCUGACUUGUGUUGCAGCGAUGACAGCUGAAACUAUGUGUCAGCUCAUGCAACCCAUAAUGGAAUUAAGUAAUUGGCUUGUACAAUCCAACAAUUAGUCUUGUCAAAAUGGUAGAUGGUAGGUCAACAUAUGGUUUUCUUCUUGUGCAUGCUGAUGCCAUGGUAUGUCACUUUCCUGCGAUUCUGAAUUUGUCAGUCCUAGGUGAAGUUUCUGGAUUUCGACCAACACUUGCUUAUUUUGGGGGUUGAGCUGUUGUAGAGUGGGGGUGUUUCGUACGGUUUGAUUUCCACAUCAUUGCAAAUAGAUCGCUAUUCAAUGUCUCAUCUUGGCUGGGAGGGCAAUUUACAUUGAGCAUACAAAGUCUAUUUUCUCUUGGUUAAGGACAUUAAAAACAAGUGUGAAAUUGGCAUCAUUAAGUACUGAGGAAUAAACUUAUGUCUGGUAGGAGCAUUGGUAGCCGCAACAAUCAUGCCCGAUAGUAGCAGAUGUUCUUGUGUUGUAACAGAACAAAUCAGAGUGAUUUAACCGUGAAGUGGAUACAGUCUAAUGCUCCAAUCUGCUUUUGCAAAGUUUUGGACUGCAAAUAGAUAUUGCUUGGGAAACUGUUAAAUUACGCAUGCAGAUAUGAUGGUAUUAGUGUCUCUGGGCCCACAAGAAUGGAUUAAGAGGAGCGUCUCAGAUAACCUACGUCAAUCCUUGUAGUUGUGGUAGGUGAUUUGUUUAUGUAUGGUUUCAUGGCAUGAUUUUUCAGUGUUGAUCUAUGAGACCUACAAGACUUCAGAAUUCAGAUCUCCAUGCUGAUAGCAAGAGUUUCAGCCAUUUGCUGACCUCAAGCUUCUGUUAUAAUCAAGUUUCAGAAGGUUGUGUUGAAGUCAUGAUUGUAAGGUCGAAGAUGGGUAGAGAAUUCAUCAAUGCUGUCAAUUAAUCAGUUGAGAUAGCUUGGAGACAGAAACACUUGCUAGUGAUACUAAACAGCAUUUUGUCAUAUGCCUAUGUACACGAGAUCUAUUUUCGAACCCCAACGAUAUGAGCCAUAACAGUAUAACACCAAGGUUUUGUCAGUUGAAAUCUUCUUCGCUUCUGCAAUACUGUGCACGUCUUCAACUGAGUUUCCUUUUCUACCCCUGUGAAGGUUGGGUGGAUGCUUUGACAAGCUUGGAAGUACUGCAGUCAAUCGUCGACCCUAAUGAAGUUCCACAAUCUCUCACAAUUUGUUCUUGGGCACUUUACACUUUUAUUCUUAUUCGACUGUUUUCUUCACCAUCUCAGCUUCCAUUGAGUAGGGAUUCACAGAAAAUUGUUUCAGAAAUUCCCAGAAUUCGUUGGAUGAAAAAAAAAUUCUUCUCAGCAACCUAGCAUUGUAAAUAAGUCCUGGGUCAUCUUGGUGGCCUUGGUUUGUGUCCUGUUCUAGAAGAGCUAUUUUUGUGGUUAUUGUUGUGUGUAAAUAAUGUGAAGGAAGUGAUUAAUUUUUUUGUAAAAACAUGUGAAAAUGUACAGGAACACGUGAAAUGUUCGUAGUUGGCGUCUUUCUCCCACCACGGAUAGGGCGAAUGUUAUAUGUCGGUACUGCUGUGGGCGUACCUUAUUUUGC